AUGUCUCCUACAGCGAUCGCCGACCUUGAAACUCCCUCAGUGGAACAGAGUGGUGCUAAUGCACCUCGACCUGGAUCCGGGGCGGCACAGUCGAUCCCAAUUGCCAUCGUGGGCAUGGCCUGUCGCUUCCCUGGAGAUGUCGAAAACCCGUCACAAUUAUGGGAGCUCUGUGUCAAUGGCAAGGAUGGGUGGACGCCCAUCCCAGAGGAUCGGUUCGAUGUGAAUUCUCUGUACCACAAGAGCCACGACAGAGUGGGGAGGAGUCAUGUCCAAGGCGGUUACUUCAUGAAGAAGGACAUUUCCCUCUUUGAUGCCGCCUUUUUCAGCUUAGCUUCUGAUGUUGCCAGUGGCCUGGACCCACAGGCGAGAUUGAUGAUGGAGAGUGUCUACGAAGCAACAGAAGAUGCUGGAAUUCCCAUCGAAGAACUGGCGGGCACCAACACCUCCGUCUAUGCAGGCACUUUCAACAAAGAUUACCACGAAAUGCAAACCAAGGAUGCCGAGGUUCUUCCUCAUGCCUUCCUUGCAGGCACAGGUACCGCGAUGAUUGCGAACCGUCUUUCACACUUCUACGAUCUUCAAGGUCCCAGCAUGUCUAUUGACACAGGCUGCUCUGCUGGAAUUGUGGCCAUUCACCAAGGCUGCCAAAGUAUUCGCUCUGGAGAGAGCGAUAUUUCCAUCGUCGGAGCAGCCAGCACACUACUUACCCAGGAUGCCUUCAUCUCCGCCAGUUCAAUCGGUGCAAUCGGAGACGAGGGGAAGUGCUUUGCCUGGGAUGAGCGUGCUCACGGUUAUGGUCGUGGAGAGGGUGUUGCUACCAUGAUUCUUCAACCCCUCGAUGCAGCAUUGAAGGCUGGAAAACAGGUCCACGCUGUCAUCAGAGACUCUGGACUAAACCAGGAUGGAAAAACGACUACCAUCACUUCUCCUUCUGCAGACGCUCAAGUCAAACUGAUCCGCGAAUGUUAUAAGCGCGCUGGAUUCAAUCUCUCCGACACCGGAUACGUGGAGGCGCAUAUGACCGGAACGGCGGCUGGAGAUCCGAUCGAGGCCGAGGCUAUCUCGAGGACCUUCGGCCAGAGCCGUGCAGAAGAUGAUCCAAUCAAUGUUGGAUCUGUGAAGACAAACCUUGGUCAUACCGAACCUGUCAGUGGUCUCGCAGCUGUCAUGAAGACAGUGUAUGCUCUCAAAAACCAGACGAUCCCGCCCAACCUCAAUUAUGCCGUGACAAACCCAGCAAUUGACCUCAAAGGAGGCCACUUGCAGGUGCCAAUCAGUGCUACACCAUGGCCAAAGGACAAGUUGUUGCGUGCUUCAGUGAACAACUUUGGAUAUGGUGGUACCAAUGGCCACGUCAUUCUGGACCCAUCUCCAACCGACCAGGAAAUCUGGGACAGCAAAUUGGUCACCAAUGGGGAUCUUGAAACAGCCGGUGACAGUGUUGUCAUCCCUGAUGGCCCAGCAAGCGAAGCCGAAGAUGACAAGUCUUUCGUCUAUCUGUUGAGCGCCAAAGACUCUGUCGCAUGUGACACCAUGAUGCGGCAAUUCGCGGCACAUAUCACACAAACGCACCCCAGCCCAAGUGAUUUGGCCUACACACUGACUGAGCGGCGAUCAAAGCACAACUGGGUGGCGGCAGUACGAGCAAAGACGAUUGAUGAACUUGCCGAACGUCUUGCCAACCCGACACAGAAGCCCCUGAGCGCUGCUAAGCUUCCCAGACUUGGCUUUGUCUUCAACGGACAAGGAGCUCAAUGGCACGCCAUGGGUCGCGAGCUGAUUGAUAGCUAUCCAGCAUUUGGACAAGGCAUUCGUCAGGCAGAUGAAAUCCUCAAGGAGUACGGGGCGGAUUGGUCUUUGAAAGAUGAACUCAUGCGAGAUGCCACAACAUCCCGAGUCGGCGAAAUCCAGCUGAGCCAGCCCAUCAGUGUUGCGGUGCAGCUCUGCCUCGUUGACCUCCUGGCGUCAUGGGGUAUCUUGCCCUCAGCCGUGACUAGUCACUCGAGCGGAGAAAUUGCCGCGGCCUAUGCGACAAAAGCCCUCUCUUUCAGGGAAGCGCUGGGUGUUGCCUACUUCCGAGGCGAGUUAGCCCUCAAGCAUCUGAAGCUUCACUCUCUUAGAGGCGGUAUGCUUGCUACGGCAGUCGGCCCUGAGACCGCCGAGCAAUACAUCGCGAAGGCAGCUGAGUCCGAGGGGCGCGUUGUGGUCGCUUGUGUCAACAGCCCUAGCAGUGUGACCCUGUCGGGUGACAUCAGUGCCCUUGACGAGGUGGCUGCACUUCUUGAAGAAGACGGUGUAUUCGCACGAAAGCUCAAGGUCCCUAUGGCGUACCACUCUCACCACAUGGAAUACAUCGAGAAAGAGUAUAUCGAUGCAUUGCGAUCCAUUCUCCCAAUUCCACGAAAGAAACAAUGGGGAGAUGAGGCUAUUUUCGUCUCACCCGUUACCGGAGAGAAGGUGGGAUCCCCGGCCGGUCUGACUCCUGAGCACUGGGCCCGCAACAUGACCAGUCCUGUCCUCUUCAGCCAGGCCUUCCAAACCAUGUCCAGCGAGAUUGACAUGGUUCUCGAAAUUGGUGCACAUGGCACCCUCGCUGGACCGAUCAGACAAAUCCUGAAGGCCCAGGGGACAGAGAUGCCCUAUGCCACAUGCCUCAAGCGACCUUCAGACGCCGUCGAGACCAUGCAAGACCUCGCAUGUGACCUCAUUGGUCGAGGCUACCCAGUCAACCUCAAGCAGGUCAAUUCUCUCGCCGAAGAGCAGCAAGCUCAAAAGUUUGUCACCGGUCUUCCGUCUUACCCCUGGAACCACAGCAAGAAGUACUGGGUGGAGCCACGCAUCAGCCGGGAGCAACGUUUCAAGAAGUUCCCCCCUCAUGAGCUUCUGGGCACUCCACUGAACGGAAGCAAUGGCCUCACGCCAACAUGGAGAAACUUCCUGCGCCUGGGUGAGAUUCCAUGGCUCAAGGAUCACCAGAUUGACGGAUCUGUGGUUUUCCCUGGAGCGGGCUAUAUUGCCAAUGCGAUUGAAGCCGUGCGUCUGCUCACUGAUCCCUCCGAGGAAACCGUCCAUGGUUACCGCUUGCGAGACAUUGACAUCAUCAAUGCCAUGAUUAUUCCCGACACGGUUUUCGGCAUUGAAAUCCAGCUGACGCUGCAUCCUUGCAGCGAGAAGGAGUUCGACCACGACGGCUGGUGGCAAUUCGAGCUCAGCUCAUUGACUUCCGGUGGCCCUUGGAUCCAGCACUGCAAAGGCUAUGUUUCGGCUGAAACUGGUGACAAGUCUAGGACAUCGGAGCUUACUCGCGGUCUAGAAGCACCCGAAGAGAAAGGCUACCUACAGCACAAUGACAGCAUUCCCGAGACCGAGGUCGACAUUGAAACACUCUUCUCUGGUCUGCGCGAGAGAGGGAUCUACCACGGCCCGGAAUUCCAGAACCUUGUCAAGAGUCGCGCGGCCGGAAAGCGUGCAAUCACUGAUUUCACAAUUGCCAAUGUAGCGUGCGAAGAGCAUGACUACGUUCUGCACCCUACCACGCUUGACUCAAUCCUCCAAGCAUCAUUCGGCAGUUUGCCCAAGGACAUGGACAAGGACACCAUGGUGCUACCCCGUUUCAUCCGCACCCUGUCUGUUCCAAAGGACUUCAAGAGACAGGGCGGCGAAAAGCUCCGAGCUUUCUCGGAGAUGGUGAAGGCAGACAAGAAGGGUGUUACUUCCAGCCUUUCCGUCGUCGCUGCCAACGCUGAACCAUCCGCUGGGUUCCUCCAAAUGCAAGACUUCUUCGGGCAGGCCGUUCCCAAGAGCGGCGAUGACGCCGACGACGAGGCUUGCAUGUGCUCCAAGAGCUGCUGGGAGCUAGAUGUUCUCCACAAUUUCCCAGAGGACAUGAAGAAGUCACUUGCGAUCCCAAUUUCGGAGCAGGAGGUUCAAUUCGAGCGAAACUUGAACAAGGGCUCAUACUUCUGGAUCUUGGACGCAUUGACGGAGUUGAAAGACCAGAAUCAAGACAACUGGGAGCCCCACCACAGACGCAUGGUUUCGUGGAUGCAAACCAUUGUUGAAAAGGGCAAAUUGGGCAAUAUUGGCCCUGGAAGCGCAACAUGGCACAAGACCAGCAAGGGUCUCAAGACCAUGCAUGGCGACGAGCUUGGCUCCGGAGAUGUUGCUGGUCGGCUGGUUGCUCGUGUCGGACGCAACCUUGCUGGAAUUCUGCGUGGUGAUAUCAACCCACUUGAGUUGAUGAUGGAAGGAAACCUCCUCAACCAGUUCUAUGGGGAUCACCAGGCCCUCAAGACUCGUUCUUAUAAGCAGUUGUCGGCGAUUGCAGAGCUUUAUGCCAUCAAGCGUCCUGGUGCCCAUGUUCUCGAAAUUGGAGCCGGUACUGGCGGUGCCACCACAACUGUCUUGGAAGGAUUUAGCGCUAGAGGUGAUGAUACCUCCUCUAUCCUUGGUCAUUAUACUUUCACAGACGUCUCGCCUGCCUUCUUGGAAGGUGCCAAGGCGAAGUUUGCUGGGUAUUCUUCUCUCAUGGACUACAAGAAGCUGGAUAUCGAGAGCGAUCCUUUCGAUCAAGGUUUCACCGGUGGCUCAUAUGAUUUGAUCGUCUCUUCAUUCUGUCUGCAUGCCACCAAGGAUCUUGCGAAGACGAUGAGCCAUGUGCGAAAGCUACUCAAGCCAGGUGGCACUCUGUUGUUGAUCGAGGCUACCGCCGACAGUCUCCCUUCGCAGCUGAUCUUCGGUACUCUGCCAGGUUGGUGGCUUGGAGUAGAGCCUGAGCGCCAGAACAGCCCCAACGCGCCGCUUGACAUGUGGGACCGAGUCUUGCAGCAGACAGGAUUCACAGGUGUAGACCUGGAGGUGCCUGACUACGAGGAUGCUGAGUUCCAGUCUGCACGUGUCAUUUCUUCCAGAGCCACCACGGCAGUAUCGGGGCAAUUCAGCAUUGUCCUGCCCUCAGGCCAAAGUCUCGCCACCGCGCCUGUAGACAAGCAGCAGUGGCUGUCGAAGCUUGCCGAUGAAAUCCAAUCACAGGUCGGCGUCGCUCCUCCUAUUCUGUCUUUGGAUGAUGAGGACUCUUGGAAAGACACAGUCUGCAUCUUCACGGCGGAGAUGGAGGCUCCUUUCGUCGAUGGAUUGGAUGCCGUAACGUUCGAAAAGCAGCGCAAAUUGCUCCUCAACAGCGGAGGCCUUCUGUGGCUAAGCUGUGGUGGACUUGUUGACGCCACGGAUCCUUCCUUCGGAGCCACAGACGGUUUGAUCAGAUCCAUGCGACAGGAAGACGCUGGAAAGCGUUGGAUCAGACUCGACUUCGACAAUGACAGCAAGCCUUGGACCGAGAACAAGCUCAACCACAUUCUCCAUGUCUUGCAGGCUAGCUUCGACGAGUCGCUCGAUCCCUCGGAUAUCGAGUGGGAAUAUGCCGUCAAAGACUCUUUGCUUCGCGUCUCCAGAUCGUUCCCUGACAAGGCCCAGGAUGCUCUGGCCCGGGACCUGAAGAUCGACCCAACCCCUGAGCUUCAGCCGUUUAAGCAAGAAGGCCGACCUUUGAUCUGGGAGGUCCCCGCUUCCGGGACAUUGGGUCUUGAUCCAUACUUUACUGACAAUCUGGAACUGACCACCACUGAGGUGCCCAGCGGUAUGGUCGAAGUGGAGGCCAAGGCGUACGGUCUCAAUUUCCGAGAGGUUAUGGUCCAGCUUGGUCAGCUCGAUGAGCCACUGAAGGGACACGAAUGCUCUGGCAUUGUCACGGCACUCGGUCCCAACACCGAACAAAGUGGACUCAAAGUCGGUGACCGGGUUUGCGCGCUGGUGAGAGGCCGCAUGGCAAGCAGAGGUAGAACCUGGUGGACCUCAGUGGCCAAACUCCCUGCCCGAAUGGCGAUUUCGUGGGAAGAAGCCGCUUCGUUUCCAGCAGCAUACGUGACCGCUUAUGGCAGUCUGAUCCAAACCGCCAGACUUCAAAAGGGUGAAAGUGUCCUGGUUCAUGCCGCAGCAGGUGGUACUGGUCAAGCAGCCGUUAUCCUUGCUCAAUCCGUUGGUGCUGAGGUCUUUGCUACUUGCAGCACCAAGGCGAAGCGGGACCUUCUGAUGGAUCAGUAUGGCAUCCCCGAGGACCAUAUUUUCUCAAGCCGUGACGCAAGCUUUGCCCCGGCCAUCAUGGCUAGUACUGCGGGCAAGGGUGUAGACGUGGUUCUCAACUCGCUCUCAGGGCCCCUGUUGAAGGCAACAUGGGACUGUGUAGCCCGCUUCGGUCGCUUUGUCGAUAUCACUAAGAUGGACAUUGAGGCUAAUCGCCGUCUGGAGACUUCGCCUUUCGGUCGCUGUGCUGUCUACACCAGUUUCGAUCUCUUGCAGCUGACAGAGUACUGUGGUCCUCUGACCAACGAGGCUCUCGUUGAGUGCGUCCGGAUUGUCCAUGAUCGCAGUGCAGCCCCUGUGUACCCUAUCACGCCAUACUCAAUCUCCGAAAUGGCCACUGCCAUGCGACAGAUGCAGGGAGGACAACACAAGGGCAAGCUUGUUCUUGUUCCCCGCGACGGUGAUCAGGUCAAGGUUGUUACCCGCCCUCCACCUCUUGCCCUUGCCAGAGAUGAUGCGACUUAUCUGAUCUCAGGUGGACUGGGUGGUAUUGGUCGUGCUAUAGCAUCUUGGUUCAUUGAGAAUGGUGCCAAGAAUGUUGUUCUUGUGUCCAGAAAUGCGACGAAGCAUGAUGAAACUCCCAAGCUCCUCGAGGAGGCUCAGGCUGCCGGAUGCCGCCUCCUGGUCCGUGACUGUGACGUCUCGGACGAGCAGAGACUGCUUUCUCUCCUCCAAGAGUGCUCCGAUGCUGGCCUUCCCACCAUCCGUGGUGCAAUCACCGGUGCUAUGGUACUAAACGACAGUAUCAUGGAGCGUAUGACCUUCGAACAAUGGAGCAACGGUGUGCGCCCGAAGAUCGACGGCAGUCGUAACCUGCACAAGCAUCUCCCUGCCAUGGAGUUCUAUAUCAUGUUGUCAUCCGUCGCUGGUGUCGCUGGUCACAUGUCGCAGGCUAAUUACGCCGCCGGAAACACCUAUCAAGACGCCCUCGCCCGCCACCGUACAUCCAACAGCCUGCCGGCGGUGACGAUCGAUCUUGGUGCGGUUCGUUCAGUGGGUUACGUUGCUGAUCAGGAAGCCAGUGGCAACGAGAACCUGCGAUCUCGUGUUGAGAACGUUGGAUUCGGCUCUGUAGACCUUUCUGCAGUGCUGGGGAUCAUUGACGUCGCUAUUCGUGAUCCUCUGCGGAAGACGCUCGAGGAGUGCCAGAUCGCCGUCGGUCCCAACUUCCAUGCAUUUGCCAAGGAUUCAGCCAUGGGACGCGACCGUCGCUUCGGUACUCUUCGCAUUACCACUCAACGCGGUCUCAGCAGCGCCGCAGCGGCGAGCAACUCGGGGUCGGGAUCAACUGCUGCCUUGGUUGCGGGUCUCAAGGGAGCUUCAUCAAUCAUUGAAGCUAGCAUUCUUCUAGUCGAUGCUCUAUCUGGCAAGUUGUCUGACAUCUUCAGCAUUCCACUGUCGGACAUCGAUCCUGAGCUGCCUCUGGCCAGAUACGGUGUUGACUCUCUCGUCGCCGUUGAGCUGCGCAACUGGAUCAGCGGAACUCUCAAAGCCAAGGUCUCUGUCUUUGAGGUUCUCCAGAGUGCUUCGCUUACUGAAUUUGCAACCCUCGUGGCCAGCAAGAGUGAAUUUAUGGUGGCCAAGGGUUUGGCUAGUGCAUAG